UUUUCGACGUUCGACUAAUCGGGUAUUGCACGGACGAUAUUUCGAUACCAAACAAACACUACCUGGAUGAAGAUAUAAGCUCGUGUACGGCGUUCAAAUCGUUUCGUUCUCCUUUUUUGCGAGAACUGCCGUGGAUCUGAAGAACCUGUAGAAUCUGAGGUUAAACGUCUCCAUCGCAAAAAUGUCUGGAGAAUUCUAUUUGCGGUAUUACAUAGGACACAAAGGCAAGUUUGGACAUGAAUUUUUGGAGUUUGAGUUCCGUCCUGAUGGUAAACUACGAUACGCCAACAAUUCCAACUACAAAAAUGACACAAUGAUCCGUAAAGAAGUGUAUGUUCAUCAACCAGUAAUUGAUGAGCUCAAACGUAUUGUAUCCGAUUCCGAGAUUAUGCAUGAAGAUGAUGCGCUGUGGCCACCACCUGAUAGAGUUGGCAGACAAGAGUUGGAGAUCGUCAUUGAUGAUGAACAUAUAUCAUUUACCACUUCUAAAACAGGAUCGUUGUUGGAUGUAAAUACAUCUAAGGAUCCAGAAGGUCUCAGAACAUUUUACUACCUAGUUCAAGAUCUAAAAUGUUUCGUAUUUUCAUUAAUAUCAUUGCAUUUCAAGAUCAAGCCAAUUUCAUAAAGAGAUCAAUAAAUUAAAGAUAUUUCAUUUAAUGUUCUACAACAAAAAAAAUCCGAAUGUUCUAAAAAAAAAUAACUUAAUCAUAGUAUAAGUUUUGAAUGUUAAACCAUUUUAUACUGUCUCAACUUUGAUAUAUUCAUUUCUAAACUGUUAAGAAAUUUAAAAAAAAAGUAGGAAUUUAUACUGAUUUAAUAUUAUAUUUAUUAUUAUUUUAAAAAUACUAGUAGAUUAAGUUGACUUAAAAGUUAUUAUUUAUAAAUAUUGACUCAUUUUGAUAUACUUUCCAUUUUAUAUUCACUACAAAUUAAAUAAAACAACAAUUUUAAUACAGAAUAAAAAUCUUAAUUUUUAUGAAUACCAAAAUACCUAUCAAUUUAUUAUUAUACACGUUUAAAGUAGUCAGACUUGCAAGUUGUAAAGUUCUAAUUAUAAAAA